AUGACCUGCAGGAUUCAGGAUUCAAAUGAAUAUCACUGUUUGUUUUGUUAUUUACACAGGUUAUGUGGAUGUAAUCUCACUGCUCAGUCUUGUGAGAGUUUUUCAUCAAUUUUACAAUUAUCAAGCACCUGUCUGAGAGAGCUGGACGUGAGUAACAAUGACCUGCAAGAUUCAGGAGUGAAACUACUUUCUGAUGGACUGAAUAGUCCAAACUCUAAGCUGGAGAUACUGAGAGUUUCCAUCUGUAAUCUCACUGCUCAGUCUUGUGAGAGUUUGUCAUCAGUUUUACAAUCAUCAAAAUCUGUUCUGAAAGAGCUCAACCUGAGUAACAAUGACCUGCAAGAUUCAGGAGUGAAGCUGCUUUCUGAUGGACUGAAGAGUCCAAACUGUCAGCUUGAGAUACUGAGGUUGUCUGGCUGUAUGGUGACAGAGGAGGGAUGUUGUUACGUGUCUUCAGCUCUGACGUUAAACCCCUCAUGCUUGAGAGAGCUGGAUCUAAGCUAUAAUCACCCCGGAGAUUCAGGAGUCAAGCUGCUCUCUGAAAAACUGGAAGAUCCAAACUGCUCACUGGAUAAAUUCAAUGUGGAUCAUGGAGGAGAAUCCAGGAUUACGGCAGGACUACAGAAAUGGAUCUGUUUCCUGACACUGGAUCCAAACACAGCUAACACUGAUCUCAUUCUGUCUGAGGAGAACAGAAAGGUGACAUGUGUGAGAAAGAAACAGCCAUAUCCUGAUCAUCCAGACAGAUUUGAUGAGUAUCCUCAGGUGUUGUGUAGAGAGAGUGUGUGUGGACGCUGUUAUUGGGAGAUUGAGUGGAGUGGACAUGUGUUUAUAUCAGUGUCAUAUAAGACAAUCAGUAGGAAGGGAUGGGGUAAUGAGUGUUGGUUUGGAUAUAAUGAUCAGUCCUGGAGUUUGUUCUGCUCUCCUGAUAGUUACUCAUUCAGACACCAUAACAUAGAUACUGAUCUUCCUGUGAAGUCCAUUAGCAGGAGAAUAGGAGUGCUUGUGGAUCACGAUGCAGGAACUUUGUCCUUCUACAGCAUCUCUGACACAAUGAGCCUCAUCCACAAAGUCCAGACCACAUUCACUCAGCCUCUUUAUCAUGGGUUUUAUGUUUAUUAUGGAUCAUCAGUGAAACUGUUCAUGAAUCCGAAAAGAGACGAGAGAUUCUACCCAUAAUGCUUUGAGCUGUAUGAUAAAUCAGUAACAGUGAGAUAUUACAUGUUUCUUCAUGACAUUAAUACUGCAGCUGAACUUCUGUCACUGAAAAAAAAACAGUCAGAAUAAUUGUCAUAAAUCCUCAUAUAGACAGUAAGAUCUGUGUGUGUGUGGUUGGGGGAGGGUGUUUGUGGCCUGGUAAUUAUCACAUUGUGGCGACCAAAUGUCCACACAAAGAUAGGAAUACCAGUAAAUUUUGACCUCGUGGGGACACUUGUGAGGUCCCCGUGAGGAAACAAGCUUGUAAAUCCAACAAAAUUAUGUUUCUUGAAAAUCUAAGGUAGCAGAACGUUUUCUGUGAUGGUUAGGUUUAGGGUUAGGGGAAGGGAAUAGAAUAUAGUUUGUACAGUAUAAAAACCACUACAUCUAUGGAAUGUCCCCACAAAACAUGGAAACACUACAUGUGUAUGUGUGUACCAACCAUAUUUUGGGGGCAAAUUUGUACCAAAAUGUGAGCUAAACCUGAUAUAAUAUCCAAAAACCUCCCUGUGGGGAUGUCCUUUCUUGCAAAACUGGUAUAAGUGGCGUUUGACACUGUCAGUCAUAACAUACUUCUAAAGAGACUGGAAAACUGUGUUGGGCUUUCUGGGAUGCUACUCAAAUGGUUUAAGUCAUACUUUAAAAGGAAGAGGUUAUUAUGUGAGUAUAGGAGAGGAUAAAUCUAAGUGGACGCCCAUGACAUGCGGAGUCCCACAAGGCUCAAUUCUUGCAAUGCUCUCGUUUAGCCUGUAUAUGCUCCCACUAAGUCAAAUAAUGAGAAAGAACCAAAUUGCCUUUCACAGCUAUGCUGAUGAUACCCAGAUUUUUUUACAGCCUUAUAGCUAAAAGACUACAGCCCCAUUUAUUCCCUCUGCCAAAGCAUUGAUGUGCACUGUGCAAUGUCCAAACGGAUUGCACUGUAUUUUAUGUAUUCACUGUAUUUUAUGUAAAAUCUUAUUCUAU